CCUAACGGUAGAAAUAAAAUUGCGUUUUCAAAUUCCUUCGGCGUGGUGUGGACGGAGCCUUAAAAGACCAGGUAGAGAGCGUUUUCAUUAGCCGUCAAACCGCACUUCCUUCGCGAACAAUUGACUUAAUGAUUUUCUCCGUAAAAGUCCGAUCAUCUGGGUCCAUAUAGGGUUGCUGUUCUUCCGUAAGUCACGUGCACAAGCCACCUGGCAAUAGCUUAGUAGGUUUAUCAGCUCUUGUUUGCUUGACGGAAGGUAGUGUUAACUAACGGUAAGCUUUCCAGGGAACGCAUUGAGAGGUCGAAGAGAGGGAAUAAGAAAGGACUAGAAAGUGUGUGGCUGCAUAGGAGGGAGAUUUUCUUCAAAAUGAAAUAUGAAAGGUGCCAAAUAUCGCCUGUAACUUGAUCACGUAACCGCCACGUUGCUCGAGUAAAACUGUGGUCAUUUCACGGUUGGAGUCUGGCACUAGUGUAGUGUUGUUUUCAAUGGCGGCGGAAGCUGGUGGUCGUAAGUGACACGAAGUUGUGUUUUUUUCUAAUUUUGUGACAACUUCUUCCCAUUCUAUAUCGAGCUAUACCUAGAUUAUAUUCAUGGUUGAAAUGGAGGAGAGAUCUAGGACUGUGGGAGUUCAAGAAGAACGAGAUCUGAAGAAGUUUCUGAAAUUUCUAUCCCAAAAGGCUGUGCAGGUUAUUGUUCAGUCACGACUUGGGGAAAAGAUCCGCACCAAGUCCAAACCAAAUGCUAUGGGUCAAGACUGGUUCAAUCUUGCAAUCAGUGAUCAUCCUGAUGUGACUUCCGAAGUGAAGAAAGUCAUGGCAAAUGGUCGACUUCCUUCUAAAGAGAGUCCCAUGUGUGUAGAGAUAUCCCUGAACACCAGUGAGGGAGAGACGAUGGUGUUAGAAACUUGGUGUCUUGGUAUGAAUGACAGGGUUGAUCCAAAUGCCAAAGUGACAUACACAGUUUACAACAGGAUUGGAAUGCUACUCAAGUCUCUUGUAUCUGUGACACGGGUCACGCCAGCUUAUCAACUGUCACGCAAACAAGGAAGAGACUUCAUGAUGUGUUACAAGGUGUAUUUUGGUGAAGUUAGAUUUCAGGAGCUUGGAGAAGGUUUCCAGUCCUUGAGAGUGGGUUCUAUUGGUACUCCUGUGGGAUCCAUUACUCUGUCUGCUGCAUACAGAACAAAGCUGACUUUACCAGAAAAACAGCAAGUUAUGGUGCAGAGUAAUCACUUUAGCUCUGAGCUGACCAGAGUUCCGUCAGAUCAGCUAGAUGGUACUCUGCCAUGUGUUCCAGGNGUAUUUCUUCUCCCUCCUGGAUGGGAUGCUUGUCCUUCACAGGGCCACCCCCCUAGCAUUUAA